ACGCACUCCUGAACCGGUUGGUGAAAGCGAGGUUAAAGUUAAUCCAUUAUUGAACCACGUUUAGUUAAACCUUGCAAUUUGGGGCGUUAACCGCAUUUUAAACCUGGUUUAAAAUGGACGAGAGAAAACCGCGGUCUCGAGCGGCCAAUUUCACCAAAAACGAAGUCUCAACUCUACUUUUCCUGACCAGGAAAUACAAAAGCCAAAUCGAGCCCAAACCACUGGGGUCCAGCUCGAAUAAGGCGAAAGCAGAGGCUUGGAGAAGAAUAACGCGCGAGUUUAACGCCAUAACCGGCAACCGGGACAACCCCCGGAGUGUCGACGUGCUCAGAAACAAACUAUGCAAUAUUAAAAAAAUCGUCAAACGGAAAGCGCGUCAAAAAAUUAUUGGGAACGAUGAGGGGCACCGAGAAGAAAUUACAGUGUUGGAAUUGGAGAACGUCAAAGUGGAGGCUUCGCCUCCACGUGUUGUACAAUCGCCGGAUAUACUGGUAGAUGAAGAAUCGCCGAAUUUAUUGAUGGAAGAAACGCCGCAUGUUUUGGUUGCAGAAUCGCCGAAUUUAGUCACAGAGGGGUUGUUAGAGUUGCAAAAACGCUGUUUGUUGGAAGAACACGCUCUCAAGUUGCGACUUAUGCAAGAAAAGCACGAUCGGAGUCUCAAGAUUCAGGAGGAAGAAGCUGAGGAGAAGUUGAGACAGAUGAGGGAGGAACAUAUGUUGCAAAUGGAGAUUUUGCAACUGCGAAAGCACUGUUUGGUCAAACUGUAGACUGAACUGUUUUCUGUUUUUGUUUAAUAGUUUAAACUAGUUAAUAAAAGCGAACGUCUUGCAGUUUUUAUUAUUAAAUAAGUAAUCAAACGUAACUCGGAAGCUUUAAGAUAAUCAAGAGCCUCCUUAGAUGCUCAGCUAAAACUGAACGAUUAUGUUAUUUGUCCUGAGACUUCUGUGGUAUUAAUUUUUCUAGUGACAAAGAAAACAUUCGAACAACGAAUGUUUCUUUAAGUAUUUUUUUCCUCAUGUUUCUUAUUAUGAAAAUUUUAAUCGUCAGUCUGUUAAGAGGGCUAAGCUUAUCAUUGUUGCAUUUUUCCAAGUAAUUAGUGAAGUGGUUGAAUUUAAAUUAAUUUAAAACGAUUGGCGCUCGAAACGCCCUCAUUUUUUCUCUACCGUACUAUUUUUUUGGGUUCUGAAAAUCCUGCAAUUUUGUACCUCGUUUCGUCUCCUAACUUAUAGUCCUCCGUCGCCUCGAUCUACUGGCUGUAUAGAAAUUUUCCAAAACACCAUAAAGGCGAUAUUAAGGCACAGUUUAUUUAAAAUUGGCAAAUAAAAUAUUAAGCGGGUCAUUUAAUUACAAUUUCAAAAAUUUCGGAAUAGAUAGCAAGAAUUAUGCAAAACGACUCGUGGGUAUAUAAGUCUUUGCUGAAAAAUGUGGGUUUAAUUUGUGGAAAAAAUGGCGAAAUUGAUCAAAGUUUUCUUGGUGGCUGCUUUGCUGGUGUGUGUCAUCAACACUUGCCAAGGAUCUUUUGCUGACUCUUUAAAAAAAAUGGCCCACGAAUUCCAACAAAAGUUAGGUGGAGGUGGGAGUUCAGGGGGUUCAAGUGGUGGUAGUUCGGGGGGAAGUAAAGGAGGUUCCAGUGGAGGGAGCUCAGGAGGAGGCCAAAAGUCCGGCUAAUAAUUGUUUUUCUUCUAGUAAAAAUAUUUAUUUUUGGAAAUUGUUAUGGUGGUGGGGGUUACUUUGUUUAAUAAUAAAAUGACAAAACACGUAAAA